AUGGCCCUGCUGGGUAUCCGAUUGAAUGCAUCUGAUCAACAGUUCAGAGACACAGCUGCCGAAGAUGCAUCAGUAUCCCAGUUCCUUGGAUCUUACUAUCAAUCCACGGCUGCGGGGGAUUCUAGUCUACAAAGUGGACCUAAAGCUCGCCAGCUUCGGAAGCUCUGCUUCUUGACAGCCAGACGAUACCUAUUAGGUCUCCCUAACCCACCAGAUGGGAUCCUGGACUGGAGACUCCUUGGGAAUAUAUCUUGCUGCUACCCUUCCAGCGCCGCCUUGAAGACGUUACUAUCAAAUGCCUGGGAUCUGCACCAUGAUAAGAUCACCUCGAGUAUUGAUAAGGCAAAAGCAACUGUGAUCAAGAACCUUUCCUCAGCCAACUCAGCAUCAAAUCCAGAAGUGCUAUCUGACAUCCGCCGUCUGACUAUCCUUGCUUCCGUGCUGCCAGCAUGUGGCCAGGAGCUUAUGGCGGGUUCCGACUUCCUGGAUACGAUAUUCGAAGCUUACCAGUCAAGAGGUGCUCGAGAGGAGUUCCGCAGGAUCCUAGUUGCGAACACCUACGUCGGACUAGUCUCAUUACUGAAGGAACCUGUAAACAUGUCUUUGUUGCUGGAUCAGUUGUUCAGCCUCAAAGCCGCUGCCCGGAUCGGCGCACCGAAGAUGAAAAAGGAAUCGACCCUACUCUCCGACCUAGUCUGUUCCUCGGACUUGCUCAUCCGACUGGAACGAUACACCAGUCUCCACCCCCAGACCCGGGGGCAAGACCUCAUCACCAGCCUACGCGCGUAUCAGGUGGAAUCGCAAUCACUACACCACCGGUAUCAAAGACGCAAAAAAGUGGAUAAAGGCAAAGAAGUGUCCGCAGACCCAAUACUUCAAGGAGAUCUACAUGCACACAAGAUGUCACUCGUCACCCAAGUACAAGACCUCUUCCCAGAUCUCGGGUCAGCCUUCAUCGUCCGGCUCCUGGAUUUCUACAACGACAACCCCGAAACCAUCAUCGCCCACCUCCUCGACGAUUCACUUCCACUAGAGCUCCAAUCUCUAGAUCGAUCCGAGCAACUACCACCAACAAGCGAACCCCACCAUAGCCACCUCCAACCCCAACCAACCCCACCACUAAGCCCGGAACCACUCCCGCCCCGCAAAAACAUCUUCGACAAAGACGUAGACAUAGCCGAGCUAAGCCGCUCCAGCACCGGAAAAGGCAAACUCCACUUCGGCCGUGUCAACGCAGACCAAACAGCCGACACCCUCCUCUCCGAUAGCAAACACGCCGCCAACAAAGCCGCAAUCCUCUCCGCCCUCGCAGCCUUCGACUCAGACGAAGACGAGCGCGACGAUACCUACGACGCAGCAGACGUAGGCGGUACCAUCGACAGCGUCGCAGCCGGCGCAGACGAAGCAGACGCAGACCAGCGCACCCGUCGCGCAGCAGACGUCGACACACUCCUCUUCCGCACCUACAAGUCCAACCCGGGUCUCUUCGCCCGCGACUCCGCGACCCGCCGCUCACAGCCGCGUGCGUCCUUGAAGCGCGAGACGGAUAUGACAGACGAGGCUAUCGAGGGCUGGGCCGUCAUGUUGACCCGUGACCCUAAGCGGCUCGCUAAACUGGAGGAUCGGCUGGCUAUGGAUGCUGGCGGGUCUGCUGGUGGGGCUCUUAAUCAGCCUGAGUUGCGUGCUACGUCUUACAGGCGGCCACAGCCGAGGGAGGAUGAGGAGGAUGGAGAGGAUGAGGGUGAGUCUUCUGCAAGGGGCGGCAGAGGACGUGGUGGGGGUCGUGGCCGCGGUCGAGGUCGUGGUGGUCGGGGCGGUGGUCCUUCGUCUGGACAGCCGGAUACGCCCGCGGCACGACAACGGAAGGAAGAGAAUAAGGGGAGUCGGGCGAAUCACAAUCGUCGACAGCAGCACGCGAAGAAGAUGGCGCGUGGCGGUGCUAUGCCUGGUUAA